ACCGCCGUAAGGAGAGGUCGAUUUACGUGUUCACGAUUUCGAUACUUUCGUAAAAAACUAAUAACUUUUUGUUUUUGCGAUACAAAGUGACGGCUUGGGAUUUGUGCUGUGGUAUUAGUUCUGUGAAGUUGAUACAUGUGUGUUGUGAAAAUUUGUUGGAUUUUUACGGUUAGAAAGUGAAGUGUUGUGUCGGUGUAUUAAAAUAUACAGUGGUGUUGCGUGUGAUGUCGUUAUAGCAAGAUGGCGCCCAUGUGGCGUCGCCGCGGCACUUGACGUUUGACAGCCAAGAUGGCGGACAACAGUCCCGCCACCUCCAUCAUCGAGGGCACAGUGAAGUUUCGAGAUGGAAAGAAGUGGAAGUCGCGAUGGUGCGUCAUGAGAAAGCUGUCUCCCGUAGCAGAUUGCGUGCACAUCCAGCUGUACAAGGACCUCAAGGAGCGACAGAAGAACGGGCAGACGAAGGCGUCUCUGUCGCUGCAGCAGUACCUGGGCUUCGAGUCGGGGUUCACGCUGGACAAAGAAUCCAACACCCUGGCCAUCCUCUGCGAGGACGUGGUGCCUGUACUGGCAUUCGACACCCGCGAGAUACUGAUGCAGUGGAGAGUUAAGGUUCAGCACAACCUGGGCAGCAGCAGGGAGUUCCCGGCGGUGGUGGUGGCAGCUCCCCGCAGCGCUGGAGUGAGCGCGGGCCCUGUGCGACUCCACGCCGCGGGGCCUCGCCUGGCCCUCUGCGCCUCGAGGCCCCCUCAAGUCCUCGCGCUUUGGGACGUCAAAUUGCUGAGACGAUUCGGCAUGGUGGAGAAGCGGUUCUGUGUGGAGGGGGGUUCUCGGUGCGGGCGGGGCGAGGGCCUGUUCGUGUUUGCCGCGGAGGGGGGGAGGGAGUUGGCUGAGCUGCUCAGCUUGUACAGCCACGAGGCACAGUCCAGACUCAGCAUCGCUUCCAGAUGUGGAUCAGUUCUUGAGAAACGUUUCUCGGACACAAGCUCGUGCAUGGAUGACUGUUUCCACCAGUCCAUGCGUUCUGUCUCGCCGUCCUGGGCUGGUCCCACGAGCCAGACGAUGCACUGCCUCUCCGACCUGGACUCGAGUAUGGAAAGCAACGAUAAUUUCAGAAGACCGACUUCCCUGCCGAGGUGUUCCACUUGUAUUGGCAAAAUGAGCCAUCUGACAAGAUCGUCAACAAUGAACACUCCGGGAUCCAUGAUGUCUCCAGUGUGGACCAUGGACAACAUCAUGGAGAAGAGAUCAGACUCCGACCGCGCCUCGAUCUACUCUCGCUCCAGCGGGAGCGCUUCCGAGUACUCUGUGCCCAGGGGCGCCUGUCUUAUGGACAAGAGUUUCGAUUCCAAACGUGCCAGCCCCGUAGGAUGCUGCACACCCACCAUUCCAGUGAAGGUUGGAAACUCCUGCCAGUGCUGGCAGCAGACGAAGCCCUGUUCCUGUAAGAAGAAAGUGUUUAAUGGACCUUAUGAGAAUUACGACGUGCCAAAGACCCCAAUGCCUCUAAUUCAGGAGCAUCCAGUUUCGACAGAUGUUCACACUGCUGCAUCCAGCUUGUACGAUACACCAAAGAAACUAAAAUGCCUCAUCGGACAUUCAUGUGGCUGCAACCAUGAAACCAAAAACGACGAAAACCAAACAGAAACCAGUGCUAACAACGAACAAACGAACUACGCCAAUUUAUCUCCACCACCGAAACCGCCACAGAUUGAUUUAACAAACUACGCAAACAUUGACAGAGCUACGUUAGAAGAAUUCGAAAACUCUUUGCGAAUUCUCAGAAGUGCCGGUUUCAGCCAAGAAGAAUUAGAUGCUCUCGACGACAUCCCAGAGCACGAUGACGAUUUAUCGUCAACAACAACGAACACUGUUCAUAUGCCUACAGAAUAUUGUAACGAUCAUAUUAGCUACAUGCAUUUGGAAGAGAGUAGUAUGUCCAGUAACAGUAAACAUCUGUCAGAUAAUAUAAGCAGGAUUAGUCACUUCUCCGAUCCGACGCAUUCAGAAACGGACAACACGACAAGCACUCGACGUUCGAGCUCAGCCGACUUUACUAAACGACUCGACGAUGAAUAUCCAGUUUGUUUCACGCCCACAGUGAUCCGGAGGACUUGCAAAACCGAGUGCAUUACCGAAGGCAUUCCUGUGAGCAAUCAAAAUGAUUUCAAACAGCCUGAACCGAAAGUAGAGAACGCCUUAGUUGCUAGAUUUCGCGACGCAGUGAAAAUUAGAAGAUCAUCAAGCGUUCCCAGCAAAUCGGACAAGAACAGGGAUUCUUCGAGUUCAAAUGAUUCAGGAGUUUCAACCGGCUCCCUGAAACACCAUAAAGGGGACUUUAAUGAGUUUGAAUCAUCCAUGAACAAUUCGAAAGCGACGAAGAAAUACGUCAAGAACAAACCGUUCAGAAACACACUAAUGCCAGUGCAUGGGCCGUUUCUGAAAUCUAGUUCGUCAGACCCGCUGAAGAACUUAACAUUUCAAUUUGAAGAAGUCGCAACGAUGACCAAGUCUAACUCUUGCGAAGCGGAGACGUUGACGAGGAGAAAGAAGAAGAACGGCGAGUCGGAUAGUGCGGCGCGGCACAGCCAGGCGACCAAGAGUAUGUCGAGCGGCGCGUCCGACACGUCCGACUACAUGGAGUCACUGUCCGUGUCGUCGUUCUCGUCGUGUGAGCAGUCCGACCGCCACGCGGCUCGACCGCGCUCCGGCAAAGAGUAUGCCAGCAUCGACCGCACGGCGCUCGCAACUGCCUGUAACAUUCCCGCCGUUUAGCCGACCGCCGACCUUAUGCGCUAAAUUUGUUUCAAAUAGAUGCGAUUUCGGUAUAAAACUCAAGAAAACUGUAUGUUGUAUAAAAUUGUCUGUUAUCUGUACUGGGGGUUCAGGGCCACAUAUUAACAAACUAUUGAGCGAACAACGAAGAACAUUAUGUGAAAAUAAUUAUUGUUUUAGUACAUUUCUGGCUCACACACUUGACAACAUAUUUACUAAGAAAGCCAUAUUGGUUUUAAAUUAUUGUGGCAGUUUAAAAAGUACCUACACCAAAAUCUCCGUAUGUAAGUAAUGAUAUUUUAAUACAUAAUGAAGCUAAAUAACUGGCGUUAUUUCUCAUUGAUAUGAAACGCUGUUAUAGUUUUAUAUUACUCUAUAGUAUCUCGUCAAUAAGCCAGGAGCCGUUCAAAAAUUUUACAGACAUAUUUUCUACCUACAUAUUUAAAUCUGAGACAGAAUCGAUCCUGAAGGUUUGACUGUUACAAUAUUACAUAGAUCACGCCUCAGUUAGCAUUUAAUAACAUCAAAAACUUAUUAUACUAAUGUAACAGACAAACACUCUCCUCAUUAGCCGUAAUGACGAUGAGACAAAAUUUAAAAUCUUCAUGUGUGCUAGUUUUACACAUGUGUUUGUGACUUAGUGAAGUGUGUAGUAUUUUGAUAGACUAAUAUUGAUAAAAGGCGUAAUUUUCAUGUAUACAAUAUUUUAUUAUCUAACACAUAUUUUCUUAAAUGAAUAUAAUCUUAAGAAAAUAGAGUGUUUACUGCGUAUAUAAAAUGAAAUAUUUAGUAUUUUACUACAUAUUAUGGCCUACGAAAAUAAUUUACCUGUAAAAUGUUUAUUUAAUUCUAUUGUUGCUAUAGCAUAUAUGUAACAACACAAUCUAAUACAGAACACGACCCCAAUAUAUUUUUUAAAUAAUAUCCGUUAAAACACGGAACGAUAAAAACACUAAAAUUAAACGUAGUCCAGUUUGACAGGCGACUAAUGGACACUAAAUUGUUUUAAAACGGUUUCAUGGUCUUCAUUUAUUCCGUCUCUUUCUCACACCUAUGUUUUAUAUAAGGAUAGUUAUCUCACUUUCACACAGGGUUUGUCUAUUACGUUAGUACAAGUACUAAGUUUAAGAAUAACAUUGUCAUAAUGGGGUGUUAGGAUCUAUAUUUGCCUCGGUAUCCAAAAGAAAUUAAACAAUAGAUAUUUUUGGAGGUCGUGGUUAUUUCAAUGGCGUAUCUUCUAUGCGUGUUUCUUAAUGUUUAAUGAAAAUAUGAAAGACAUUAAUAUAUUAUGAUGUAGGCACUCUUCGAUGUACUUAAUGUUACAUAGAAAUGUAUGGGUAAAAUACAAAUAAGUUACCUGAAUUAUAUUGUUAAGUCUAAAUUUAAAUAUGAAUGUAGUAAUGUAAAUAAUUUACCUACAAUCUAGUUAUGUUCCUAUGUAUAUAAUUAUUUUUUCAUACAUAACGUCUGUUCAUAUGAUAGUCAUAGUUACAAUAGAGUGCCAAAAAUUGUAACUUUUGCUACCUAUGUAAUGAAAUAAGCCGUUUGGGCUAUUCGCAAAGAUAUCAACGAUUAUAAAUUGUUAUAUUUUUGUAUCAUGCUUAUUUAGUUAGAAUAUAUUUAACUCACUGUUAUUAUUAGAAUAAUUAAUCAUGGGUUUCUGUAAUCGAAGCGGUAGGUAAUCAAAAAUUUUGUUUUUAUAAAAACACCAGAGAUACUAGGAUAAAAUAGUGUUGAAUAAUCUAUAUAGGAGUAUUUUCCAGUUAGUAUGUAUUAUUAACAAUAAAAAGAAUGUUUUGUCUAUGGAGUUAAGAUUUUGUAUCACCCACAAUAUUAUGUACAUAUCUGUAAAAUUAUAAAUAUUUUGCAUGGUAAAUACUACUUCUCUGGUAAAUUCUAACAAUAUAAAAUAAUAGUCCCCGAAACCUUAAUGGUUGGUCUUUGGUUUUGAAAACUUAAUAAAAAUUAAAUCUGACGUGAAUAUUUUAUAAAUCAGAAAACAGAAACCAUUAUCUAUUCUAUAAUAUUCUUGUUUGGUAUUUCUAUAAUAGUUAAGAUUGUAAAUUUCAAAGCAUGGCCUCUACGAAACAGAUAAGCAAUAGUAAUGUUGUAAUAUGGAAAUAUUUAUCCACAUUUAUAUAUUAUAUCUACCACAAAGUAGCGUUUUAUACAUGAAAAUAAUAAAAUUUAUAUGAAACUGUUUACAUUUGUAUUCGUUUUUGUAAAUUUUAGUUGUAAAAAAAAUGAAAUAAAAUAGUUGAUAAGCCGACUGUUGUUGGUCAUAAUAAUGUUGCCAAAUAUGGCAACAAUAUUAUCUUAAUAUUCUGGCAUUGUUAAAAUACCCCUAGUAAUGCCAUUUGGCUUGUGUUGAUUUCUAUUUAAAUCAUUAUUUUAUGAAUAGGAAUCAUUUAUUUAUUUACUAAAUUUAUGAUUUUGUUUGCAAAUGCUUUGAUUUAUUUGUCUAGUCAUUUGGCAAUAUGGCAGCCUCUUUCUAUCUAGUAGUGUGAUUUAUACAAAAAAUAUGGCGGGCUAUAUUUAUUUAUAUAAUAAUAAUUAUCAAAUUCGUAAGUACGAUAUUACAUACAGAACGUUCUAUGAUGCAUAUUUUAGAUUUCCUCUGAAUAAAUAGCUUAUUUCAAUAGUUAUAUAUUUAUUUUCAGUUUUAUACAAUUAUAUCUGGCUAUUGCCCCUAGAUCAUUUAUACGUCUAGAUAGACCUAUUUUUGAACCUCUAUUUUGAGCAAUUUACGCACACUAACACAAAGUGUUAUACAGAUCGCGAGUGUAAGACGUAGCUCGUCGCGCACACUAAACUAAUAUUCCAUAUCUGUUUUUAUCGUUUGUCUAACAGCAAUAGCCUCUAUCUAGACGUGUAAAUUAUCUGAUACUACUGUGAAACACAUAUUUUGUCAAAACGCUGCCAAACUUUAAAUUAAGACGAUUUUUGUGAAAACUGCCUUUGUCGUUUUAUUUGAUUGUAGUUUUAUCUGAUUUUGUUCCGUAUUAUUAUUGUGCUAAUGUAACAUGUAAUUAUUAUUGAGAAAUAAUUUAUGUAACUGUCCAGUUUCAUUAUUUACUUAUAUAUCGGCUGCUAUUUGCUUAGUUAGACUUGGUUUGUAUGGCUUGGUGUCUUAGUAAUAAUUGUUUAAAAUUAAGUUCUUUUCAUGUAAAUUUUAAGUUACUGUAUCUUAAAGAUUUGCUGUAUGCAACUGAGGGAAAAUAUAGAACAUAAAAGUGAAA